CCAACGCUUGGGCCUUUCCCCCUCCCCGCUCUGCCAGCGCUCGGGCCGUUCACAGCCGCACCGACCGAGGCCGACAGGAGCCCUCGCGGGGAAGCGGCGGUAGCACUUGAGGGCAGGCCGAGGCUCGAGCAGGAACACCGCGGCGGAGCCACCACACCUGCGGCGCCGGCCAGGGCCGACCCGGCGGGCCCAGGACCCGCCCCGAGCCCUCGGCGCGGAAAGGCGCCCGCCGCCCCUCGGGGCUCCCUCAGCCGGGGAAGAGCCCUCAGGCCGCGGCCUCGCCCCCGCCCCGCCCCGAGCCUUACGCUGGGCCCGGGCCGAGCCGCGGCCGCUGCCUCACCGAUCCGCCACUCACCGCCCGGCCGCGUGCUCCUGCUCCUGCCGCCGCGGCUGCCCCCGCCCCUGCCUGCCCGCCGUGGAGGCGCGCAGAGAGGCCGGCGCGGGUGGCGAGAGGCGGCUCCGGGGGCCGGCGCGGCCCCGGGCGCUGCGGGCGGGGAAAGGGGCCUCGCCGCGGGAGGACCCGCCUAGUGUCGGCAACAUGGCAGCGUCCAGCCGGGCCCAGGUGCUGCGGCUGUACCGGGCCCUGCUGCGGGAGAGCCAGCGCUUCGGCGGCUACAACUACAGAACGUAUGCCAUCAGAAGGAUAAGAGAUGCCUUCAGAGAAAACAAGAAUAUAAAGGAUUCUGAAAAAAUAGAAGAAUUAGUGAAUAAAGCCAAAGCAAACCUAGAGGUUAUUCAUCGGCAGGAGGCUGCACUCCUGUCCCGGUCCCGCACCUGCCCUCUCCAGUCCUUCUCUGAAGGGGAACAGGAGCAAGGAGUUACUCCACAGUUGGAGCCAGUGAGAGUCUCUGUAUCCCAGGACUUGGGCAGGGGAUGCCGAAGUCCUGUACUACGCACAGGUGGGAAGAUGAAGAGGAUGCCAGUACCACCUUGUAUUUUGCAGAUGGACUGCUCUUUCUUGACUCCCUGUGAGAUGAACUUCUGGUUCCCACAGGGACCAUGUCAGAGGGAGGAAGGAAAUCCCCCCUCAUGACAGCUCCACCUUGCAGCCUCCUUGAGACCUGGAACCAUAAGUCCAAAAUACUUAAUAGUCCUGCAGUGUUUAGUGAUUUCAUGAUAGAUUUUUUUGGGUAGGAGUAUAGUAGAAGAUUCAGAUGAUGUUUUCUAUCUAAAAUAUGCAGUAGGGGGGUUUUUUUGUUGUUGUUUUCAGUGUUUUGUGGGUUUCGUUUUUUUUUUUUAAUAAUCUUUACAAAUUAUUAGUGCUAGUGUUUGAUUGUUUUAAUCGUUAGCUAAACUCAGACUUUCUUUUCAUCGGAAGUCUUUUGGAAGACAAUGGCUAAGCAUGUAACAUAUUCUUCUCCCCAGAAUUUUUAAAGGCACUGUAAGAGAGAGUUAUGUGUUUGCUGUAUAGCCCUUUCUCAUGGGAACGCAUUUCUUUCAAAGCUGUCUUUUAGCACUUACUAUAAGGCAACAAAAAGGUGCUGUUGUA